GGACGUUUACGAAAUUGGGCUUGUUGUUUUUGUUUGGUGUAAUCGAAGAUGGACCGUGUGUUGACGCCAUUUCGUGGAGAACCUCAUUACCGACUUGCUUCCAUAGGGGUUCUAGAUGACCAACGAGUGGGUGCUCGUUCGUUGUUAUUUGUCUUCAUGCCCGCUUUCAAGGCGGCCUCUCCGUCGGGGACUGGGCAUUGCACUGCACACAUGUAGUCCGUACAUAGUACGCACCAUUAUGUCGCUGGGUUGCUGCAAGGCAUUGGAUUCAAGGCAAGGGAGCAUUCGCGGCAAUGCAGCGUCGAUGGACGACAGGUCGUCACACAGACGCAAUUUUAAGGUACUAGGAAUGCUGCUGACACGCAGCAGCCGCAUGCGUCCUAGACAUACAGUAGUUUGCCUGGGCGUUGGAGGAGCUUCUGACUCGCUCAUUGAACGUGUCAAGCACCAGCGACCCAGCCAUCUUGACGACUUGGAAGAGCACUGGGUGCCAUCGAAGUCAACUGUCCCAAACAUGGGGACCCGCCCGCGACCCAGCGCUUGGGAAACGGCCUGUCAUCACAAUUUUCAUUCCCCAUCAACCAGUGGGCUUACCGCAAGAAGACAUCAUUUGCGCAUUGCCAUGGGAGAGAGAGUCCGGCGCUCGACCCCAAGACCCUGGCCCCUGUCUAUUCCCGAGAGUCACAUCCCUGAUCCGAUUUCGCCCAGGGAGUCCUCAAGAAGCAACGUCAAUGGUGUGGUUUGCUGCUGCUGGCGGUCAAAUGCGGCUUGACUGCCGAGGCCUAUCGAGAGGAGAUGUGAUCUGUCUUUCUACGCCCAGAAACAGGAUCAGGCAUAGGUGAGCGCAAGUUGUGAGGGAGGACGUGUCGGGAUGACACCUAGAGUGCGCGGGAGAGGGCAUGGUCCGACGAAAUCGGGAGUGACCCGUCAACCCGUCGAAGAGAAAGGGGGGGGGGGGG